UUCACGUCAUGUAGGUGUAGGUGGAGUCUCUGCAUAGAAAAGCACCCUGCACAGCUGAAUAUAGUUAAUCAUUUCUUCUUGCUGUGUGACUCUGGCAGAGGUUGUCAAGAGUGGUUGGUGUUGAUAAUAAUCACUGCUCAGUGCGGUACAUACGGACAAGACAUAGAGCAAGCCAGAACAGCAGAACAUGAACGGUUUACCGAUGAACUCAGCUUUCACAUUUGGCAGUCAGUUCCCAAAGCAGGAUAUUAACCCACCUUCCAUACCAGCACCGUGUGGGUUUACUUGGAAUUCUCUGCCACCAGGCCGCAGUGAGAAGAUAUCUCUCAAAGUACCGGAGCUAACUGAGAGAAAGCCUGAGAAUGAGAAGGAAGUGUUCACUGAGAGAAAGCCUGAGAAUGAGCAGGAAGUGUCCAAGAAGCUGAAUGACAUAGAAAAGGACAAAGACGAGGCAGCAGAACACAACUUGCACAAUGAAUAUGACAUAAAGAUUCGACCUUGCAUUGACCUUGUUGAGAGCUUGAGAAGGCUUGAUAUAGGAAACAAACUGAUGUUGCCUAUGAUCACAGUGAUUGGAGACCAGAACUCUGGGAAAAGCUCUGUCCUUGAAGCUUUGUCUGGUGUUGCUCUUCCUAGGCGCAAUGGUGUCAUCACUCGUGGUCCUCUGGAACUCAAGCUGAAAAAAAUAACAACUCUUGAGGAAUGGAAAGGGGUAAUUUAUUACCACGACACGGAAAUACAACUCCAGGAUGCCUCAGCGGUAAAGAAAGCAAUAACAGAAGCUCAGGAUAUAGUGGCUAGCACUAGUGGUAACAUUAGUGGAGAACUAAUUUCCCUUGAAAUCUGGUCCCCAAACGUCCCAGACCUGACACUAAUUGAUCUUCCUGGAAUUGCCAGAGUUGCCGCAGGGAACCAGCCACAAGAUAAUGACCAACAGAUCAAGAAGCUACUUAAAAAAUAUAUUGGUUGCAAAGAGACAAUCAUUUUGGUUGUGGUACCAUGUAAUGUGGAUAUUGCAACAACAGAAGCACUGAAAAUGGCUCAAGAGGUGGACCCAACAGGAGAAAGGACACUUGGGAUCCUCACUAAACCAGAUCUGGUGGACCACAGAACUGAAGGGACUGUCCUUAGGAUAAUGCAAAAUGAGGUCGUUCCACUCAGAAAAGGUUAUAUGAUUGUGAAGUGUCACGGGCAACAGGAUGUCAACAACAAAUUGUCCUUGGCCUCUGUAAUCCAGCAAGAGAGAGAAUUCUUUGAGACUCACAAACAUUUCAGCAUUUUUCUGGAUGAAAAAAAGGCUACUAUCUCUCAACUGGCAAAUAAGCUUACAAAUGAACUUGUGGAACAUACUAUGAAAACUUUGCCUGCAAUAGAGAACCAAAUACUUGAUGCGCUGCAGCAAGCAAAGCAGGAACUACAAAAGUACACACAAGGCAUACACAAAACUGACCAUGAGAAGAUGCUUUUCUUUGCAGGAUUGAUCAAAGCGUUUAACGAAGACAUCUCUCAGGCAAUGCAUGGAAAGGAAUCCUGGUUUGGAAAUGAAACCAGACUGUUUCCAAAAAUCCGCGGAGAGUUUCAGAGAUGGGAAGCAGAGCUCCUGGAGAGCUCUGCCAAAGUUCAAGAAAUCAUAUGCAGUGAAGUGUCAAAACAUGAAGACCAGUACCAUAAUUGGGAGUUCCCGGGCUUUAUCAGCUACUGGACAUUUGAGGACAUUAUAAAACAGCAAAUUGCGAAGCUGGAGGAGCCAGCUGUUGUGAUGCUGAACAAAGUGAUCUGUAUGGUCGAAGAGAAAUUUUUGCAGCUGGCUAACAAGCAUUUUGGUUAUUUUCAGAACUUGAACAAAGCUGCUAAGGCCAGAAUUUGUUGCAUUAGAGAAAAGCAAGCAACAGCUGCGAAAAAUUGCAUCCAGACUCAAUUCAAAAUUGAGAGAGCUGUAUACUGCCAGGAUAAAAUUUAUGCAAAUGAUUUAAAAGUUGCCAAGGCAGAAAGCAUCAAUGCUCUUGGUUUCAGACAUGCUUCAAAUCAAGGUCCCAGCUUUGUCCUGGAAAUGAUUUCUCACACAAAGGCCUAUUUCACUGGAGCAAGUAAACGCCUAAGCAAUCAGAUUCCUCUGAUCAUCCUCUCUACCGUCCUUCAUGACUAUGGAGAUAGUUUGCAGAUCUCAAUGUUGAAUCUCUUGCAAGGAAAAGAAGAAUUAAACCAUUUACUCCAGGAAGAUCAGGAAGCUGCUCACCAUCGGAAGUUACUGACUGAGCAAAUUAGUCACCUCAACAAAGCUCACCAGUACCUGGUAGACUUUAAGUCUCUGUAGAUUCCUUCAUCUUUCAGAAGCAUUUUUCUGCUUUUGCUUUCUAGCAUUAAUGAGAAACUGUGCAAAAUCCUCCAAAGCCUAAAAUUAGCACCAACCUUUAAUUCCAGUUUUUAGAUGUUUCUAAUGGUUUAGUGGCCUAGUUCUGGCUUGUUUUCCAUAGUCUGAUAUGCCUACGCUUGUCUAAGCUUCUCUGCAGUAGUUGUGAUAAAAUGUUUUCCCACUUUCAAACAAUCAUUUUAUAAAAUUUGUCUUUCCAUACAUCAUUAAAAUAUAUAUUUUUUUGAAAGCUUGA